GCCUGACAGUGCAUUCCAUACGAAAACACACUUAGCACCUGCUGAGGCAUAAGUCCUAAUGCUGCUUUUUCCCAGAUAAUUUCGAGGCACGGUUACUGAAAGCAAGACUCGGAAUAAUGUUCCUCGAAGCGACAUGCCUGUUCUUGUUGUCAAUUCGUGGUGCAAGUAUUUGUCACGCAUCUGCGUCUAUAGGACGUCGUCCCUUCUACGUGUUCGGACACAUGGCCAACAGCUUGGCCGAUGUGGACAACUUCGUGGCACAGGGCGUGAAUGCUGUCGAGGCUGACCUCAGGUUUGCCUCGGACGGGACGGCGCUGAAGUUCUAUCAUGGUGCCCUCUGCGACUGCCGACGCGACUGCGAAAAAUCCGCCGAAGUUACUGCGUACCUGGCGUAUCUGAGGGACGCCGUCAACGAAGGUGGCAAGUUCGCCGGCAAGUUGCAGCUUCUUUACAUCGACACGAAGACUCGCAACCUUCCUCCUGGCAGGAAAUACGAGGCCGGUAUCAGCCUGGCAAAUAACUUGAUGCGCUACCUGUGGAACAAUGGCGCAAUUCCCUCCGAAAGCAUGCUGAACGUGAUCCUGUCUGCAGUCACAACAAUGAACGCAGACAUUCUCUCGGGGGCACUGGACACCUUCAAGGGGGCCAAGAAUUCUUCUCUCUAUCUCGAUCACAUAGGUUUUGACAUCAGUGGAAACGAGCUGCUGAGCAUCAUCGCCUGGACGUACGAAGAACUGGGCAUUUUGCAACAUCGCUGGCAGGGUGAUGGCUUGACUAACUGCCUAAUUGACGUCUACUGGGAUUUGCGCACGAUUGCAGUGACGUCACGACGAACGGCCGCGAACACGACGCAUGACUACGUCGACAAGGCGUACGUGUGGACGGUCGACAAGCCCUACAGCAUGCGUCGAUUUCUCAGGAAGAAUAUCGACGGCAUAAUGACCAACGUGCCUACAACGCUUCUCAAUAUCCUCAAGGAAGAUGAAUUCUUAAAGACGUACAGGCUUGCAACCACCCAAGAUAGUCCAUGGAAGCGGAUUGUUUGAAUGUACCGAGUCCUUUAAUCUCAAGCUAAAGCAAAACAAAGAACCCUAGACAAUUGGGAUUGCAUUAAUCGCUUUUGCAUCUUACAUUCACCUACAGGUCAUAACGGUAAUAUUAAAUUCAAAUCAUUCACUUUGCAGUAUAAAUACUUCAUGCAUACGAUGUACGCACACGGGUGCACACGUCAGCAGGGCACCUCGGGAGUCUCGACAACAAACCCACAAAUGCCCAAAUAAUGAUACCAAAAGAAUCUUGCAUUUUGCUGUCAUAUCU